GUGUGGCUUGAGGUUCUCAGGCUCAGAUGAGCUUGAGAGUUAUAAAAGAGGGUUUGACCCUUAAUGAAGGACAUAAACUGCUCUUAUUAGCUCUUCUCAGUAUAUAAUAGUAGAAGCAGGGAGGUUAGCCUUAAGAGAAUGCAGCAGGUGAUUAUAUAAGCACAAUGAAGGUGUGAGGAAAUGAAGUAAAAUAAAAACAAGCUCACAUAUGAGAUGAAGUUGUAAAUCUGCAUCUGUGAAGCACAAACAGGAAGAAAGCCCAAAAAGUGUGGAGGUGUGUGUAGUUCUUAGUGCCCAAGUGGCAAAGUUUCAGGUUAGUGAACUGGUAAGACUAAAUAUGUGGAAAAGCUUUGGAAAGGCUUGUACUAAAAUAUGUCAGGUAUGCAUGAAGAAUACUGAAAAGAACUGUCUGUUUGGUAUUUAAGUACACCGAUCAAAAUUCUAUUUGUUUCAACUGCUGCUCCUUAACACUUGAUAUCACGCAGGCUGCUAGCCAAAGAAAUGUUUAAGAGGGCAUGGGUACAUUAAUCUUACGAGCGUUUUGCUCUUGCCUCACAACACUUAUUUUAGCCCCCUGACUUACCUCUUAGAAAUGGUAUUUUCUUCAAUUUUUUGGUGCUUGGGUAUUAAUUUUCUUUAGAGGAUAUGAGCUUCUUAUUAAAGGCUUAGUUGUCUUAUGUCCCUGAUAAUCAAAGGUUUUGAACUCUGUGUAACAAAUAUUUGGGCUACGUACUGUCUAAAAGUAUUCUAACUUCCAUGGUACUUGGACUUCAGGCUUAGUUUAUUCAACUUUCAAGAAAGUAAUACUAUUCAUCUCUGAGUUGUAUUUAUGGUACACUCAAAUCAGUGUAAUGUGGUGAGGGGAAUGUUUUGCUUCUGGCAUGUUCAGGGCCUUCUAAUACAUCGUGCUGGUUAGGUGACCAGACAGCAAUUCUGUCUUGGAACACUCACAUUUUUAUACUCUGUUUUAAAUAUAAUAUGCACAGGCCUUGGAAAAUCACUUGAUCUCUUCUUCUGGUAGGAAGAGCUCCCUCUGUCCUUCAUAAAAGUCAUGAAAGACUAUGUUGCUAUGUGGACCUGAUUUUUCUUAUGACUGAAUUAUGACACAGCUUUUUCCUUGAGUUCUAGCAUCAGUUUGUUUCAAAAUGUAACUUUUUGACAAAUAUGUUACUGAAAAAAGUUAAAACUUUUAAUUAUUAUUGAAGCUGCUUGUCUAGUAUACAAGACUUCCUUUUUGGAAUUGAGUUCAGACAUUGAGAGUUUCAUAUAUAAAUAUUUUUAUGUAGUGGUAUUUAUUAGAUUAAUUCUUGGAUAUCAAAGAUAUAUGAUAAGUGUUUUUAUUUAGAGUACAGCUAAUAUGAAAGCAAGCUAAGCCCAGCUCAUUGUAAAGGAAAAUGUGCCCUACUUGACUGAACUCUGUACUUUAAAUGGGUGUUUUACUCUUUAUGAUGUUCACCUUAGAUCAGUUAAAUGACUGUCUGAAGCUGAGCAUGAGUCUCUAACAGUCUUGUCUUCCUGCACCUCACAGUCGAUCCCUGGGCCACUGGUAUUUUCAGGCUCUUACUGUUGCACAAGGAAGCAGAGAAAUGUCAACUACGCAAUCUGUCUUCACAUUUGCUCUCUGCAUUUUAAUGAUAACCGAAUUAAUACUGGCUACAGAGAGCUAUUAUGAUAUUUUAGGAGUUCCAAAAAAUGCAUCUGACCGCCAGAUCAAGAAGGCAUUUCACAAGCUGGCUAUGAAAUACCACCCAGACAAAAAUAAGAGUCCUGGUGCAGAAGCAAAAUUUAGAGAAAUUGCUGAAGCAUAUGAAACGUUAUCAGAUGAGAAUAAACGAAGAGAAUAUGAUCAGUUUGGCCGUCAUGGAGGACAAGGAAAUAAUGGAAGCCCGUUCCAUCAGUCAUUUAAUUUCAACUUUGAUGAUCUGUUCAAAGACUUUGACCUCUUUAGUCAAAACUCACGGUCCAAAAAACACUUUGAAAAUCACUUCCGAAGUCAUCGGGAAGCUCACAAUCGGCAAAGACGUUCUUUCCAAGAGUUCUCCUUUGGAGGUGGACUGUUUGAUGAUGUGUUUGAAAAUAUGGAAAAAAUGUUUUCGUUUAGUGACUUCGAAAAUGCACACCGACACGCAGUGCGAACUGAUACCAGGUUUCAUGGAUCCAGCAAGCACUGUAGGACUGUCACACAGAGACGAGGAAACAUGGUUACCACCUAUACAGACUGUUCUGGACAGUAACAUCUCCUUUCUUUUCAUCUCUUUUCUUCUUUCAACACCUUCAUAAUCUUUCUUGGUUUUGUUCUAACAUGGAAAAAAUUAUUGGAACUGUUUGUUCUAAAAAACACUUAACUGCCAUAAAGAAAUUGUAGAUAAAACUAACCUUCAGUAUAGAAACAACGUGCAUUUGGGAAGUAGAUGUCUCAUUAACUGCUUAGAAUGGGAGAAAAAUAAUCUUGUGUGACAGAAGAAAUCGUAUGUAUUUCAGUUUAGUUAACACUUUCCAUAAAUUUGAACUUCAACACAAUAUAUAUAUUUUUAAUUUCAUAAAUAUAAUUAAUUUUUUCAUAUAUGCCAAUUCAGGACUGUUUGAGUUACUGGUGCAUGGACUGCAGCAGAGUAAAUACUUUAAUUUUGAAGUGCUGCUUUUUUAUCACAUCUUUCUGAGUUUUCACUUGCAGUUUUUACCUGGUAUGGACUUUGUGUGUAAAUUAGAUAAUUUACCCAAAAUAGAAGUAGAAAUAUGACUUACCUGGGUCUUUGUUACUCUGUCCAGCAUUGCAAAUGUAUUAGUAGUAAAACACUUUUUAAAGUUGGAAAAUAACAAGAGGGAAUAUGUUGUGCUUCACCUGACAGAGUGAUAUAGGAAUUACUUUUAUUUCCAAGCAGCCUUUCAUUGGCCUGAAAAGAUUCUAGUAUUUGAAUAACCCUUGACUUAUUUAAGGAAUAUUCAUGUAUAUAAAUUUGUGUGCACAUCGGGUCUUUUUUUUUUCUUCCAAAAUAUAAAUAUCUCGUUAACAAUGUUUGGAUGAGCAUAUCGAAAACACUCUUGUUUUAUGCUUAUUAUAUUAUCAUGUGUGCAAUGUAGUUACCAUAGCUCAGUUUAUUGAACUUAAAUACUCCUCUGUUGUGAACUUAAACAAGAUAAGCUUGCCUAUAGAUUCCUAGUGUUUCUGGAAGGGUCUAAAUAAAAAAAAAAAGAUAGAUUGUGUUUAGCUUGACAGAUUUGUUACCCAUCAGCAAGAAUUUUUCAGCGUUGUGAUUUGAAAGGUAAAUUCUUAGCAUAAAUACAGAAUAAAACUGAAAAUUAAAAUUAUAGUAUUCAUCUAGUGCCUUGAGGUGCUGGAUUCUAAUACAGCUAAUACAGACAGUACUAAUGGGUAUCAAUGUCAGCACCAUGGAAAUACAUAACCAGUCUAAACUGUUUAAAACUAAAAGGGAAAAAAAAAAAACCCACAACAAAACCUCUGUAUAUUUUAACUGAUGUCAAUCCAGAAGUUCUGUUUUAUUUCCUAACUAGCUUAGUAUAUGAAAUUGGUUCCCCUUAAUAAGAUUAGUCACCCACAUGUUGCUCUCCCUUUGGAAUUGAGAUAAGAAUUUACCUUUCAGAUUGAUUGCAUGAGCAAAAUGAGCCUUUUAAGCAGCACUGUUCUAAAUAGGCUUUGCAUUCUUAAAAAUCUUUAUCAAUAGAGAGUUAACCCUUGACUUCUUGGAUGGAUAUUGCAAGCUGCCUGUUUGCUAAGUAAACUUCCCCUCAAGGGUAUGUAUUAUUGCUUGUUCAGGUUUCAUUCACUAAAUACUUAGAAUGGAUUGUUGCGUUAUAUUAAGUGCUUUUCCUUUUCCAUGUACUUUAUUUAUUAAUAGACUAAUACCUCAUAUAUGGUCUUUAUAAAAAGCCAGUAAUUUGUGCAACAUUAUCGGAAUGUGCAAUAUUCUUAUAGCAGGAAAAGUGCUGGAGUGAGUGUCAGUUAUUUCCACCCUUUUUCUUUGUAAGUAGAGAUUUUUAGUUUCUUCUGUGAAUUAAUAUAUGAUUCAACCAGAAGUUGCAAUUCAUUUAGAUUUCUGCAUUUUUUUCUCUUUAACAUACUCCAUCAGUCCUGUGCAUGAAUCAAAUAUAUCUGUCUGAUUCAUACCAUAUGGGCAUCCAAGUGAACAAAUUACUAACUUAAAGUUCUGAAUUACUUUCUCUCACAAAUAGUUAAGAUUUUUAGAGGACAUUUCUGUAUGCAUUUGAGGAGAAUUGUUUACAAUGAUAAGACUUCGGAAGGAUGUGGCCUUUAGUAUUAAAUAUAAGAGAGUAUUAGUGCGUGUCCUUUAGGGAUGAUUGCUGGAACUUAGAGGUGGAAGGCAGCUCUAGAAGCAGGAUGCAAGGGUAAAAUGUUACUGCCUUUCUUAGUCUAAUUGAUAUUUUCUUAUU